AGUGACUUUUCCCCUCUUUCGGUUUGGCAUGUUUGAUGUUUGUUUAUAGAAAAAGGGGCCCCGAACAACAGUUAUUUCCGAAUUUUGACCUCUUUUUCCUCACAAAAUAAAAACAUGGCAGAUGUAUUAGAUAUCAACGAUGUAGGAGACAUCGACGUCGAAGAAGAAGGAGACCAAAGUGUGUCACGUUUGAAGGAUAAAGUGGUAAAAAGAAAAGGUAGAGGUUUUGGCGGUGGAGAGUCUCGACAGCAUGAAAAAGUUAGGGCUUAUGAGAGCGUGGAUCAUGGAGAUGGUGACGACCCAGGUCCACAAAAAUCAGUGGAAGGCUGGAUCUUGUUUGUAACGUCCGUUCAUGAAGAAGCCACUGAAGACGAUUUGAAUGAAAAAUUUUCAGAAUUUGGCCAAAUUAAAAACAUCAGCAUAAAUUUGGACAGAAGAACUGGAUUUUUGAAAGGUUAUGCGCUUAUCGAAUUUGGAAGCUACGAAGAAGCUGCGGCAGCCAGAGAGGCCCUGAAUGGGUCAACCCUGCUAGGACAGCCUGUAGGAGUUGAUUGGUGUUUUGUUAAAGGGGCAAAGAAAUCUAAGAGGAAGAGCCGAAGACAUUAGUUUUUAAAGAAAGAUAAUUUUGUUCCAAUUUAAGUUACAUAGGUAAUAGAACAUCUUGUAUUUAUAUUUUUUGAAGAAUAAAUAAUUUCCAUUCUAUA